AUGCACUAUACGGCUACGCUAUCAUCUUCAAUUAUUAAUUUAACAAAAACUAUUAUAGGUUCAGGACUGUUGACUAUUCCUUAUGCAUUCAGGAAUGAUGGAAUAUUCAUAGGAGUAUGCCUAACCGUUUUAGCUGCUAUAACUACUGGGUUUGGAUUCUUUGUUUUAGCUAAAUGUUCUAAAAUUUUAGUUGAUCCAAGAAAUUCAUCAUUUUUCACCAUUUGUAUGUUAACUUAUCCAUCUCUGUCUCCUUUGUUUGAUUUUGCAAUGAUUGUUCAAUGUUUUGGUGUUGGUUUAAGUUAUUUAGUUCUUAUGGGUGACAUUUUCCCUAGUCUAUUUGGUGGGAAUCGUGAAUUAUGGAUUAUUGCAACUUCAUUAAUUAUAGUGCCAUUAUGUUCUUUUAAAAAACUGGAACAUUUGAAAUAUUCCAGCAUCUUAGGAUUAUUUGCUCUUGUAUAUUUGUCAUUAUUAGUUAUUUCGAUGUUUAUUAAAGAUAUUCUCAUUCAAGAUUGUAACACUUAUCCCACUGUAAGAGGAGACAUAUAUUGGUUUAGAAUUUAUGAUAUUAAGGGAUUGCUAUCAACUUUUAGUAUUAUUAUAUUUGCUUAUACCGGUUCUAUGAAUCUUUUCACCAUUAUUAAUGAGUUGAAAGACAAUUCGAUGACAAAUAUUGUUAAGAUUAUCAGUGGAUCUAUCAUCAUAUCAUCUAUCGGAUUUUUAUCUGUAGCUGUUACAGGUUAUCUCACUUUUGGAAGUAACACUAUGGGAAAUAUUAUGCUAAAUUAUGACUCCAAUUCCAUAUUUGUUAUUUUUGGGAACUUCGCUUUAGCUUUAAUGUUAUUAUUAUCCUUUCCCCUACUAUUUCAUCCAUUAAGGAUAGCUUGUAAUAAUUUGAUUGUUUGGGUUGAAAUUAAUUAUCAAAAUAAUGCAUCAUCUUCUGAAUAUUAUGGAAACUUAAAUAUAAAUAAUUCUAGUGCUAAUAGAUCGAACACAUUAAAUAGCCAGCCUAUAACAUUAACAGUAAAUGAAGAAGAUUUGGUAGAUGAGAAUACCACAUUUCUACCUCCUCCUGCUUCUUCGUCUGUUUCAUCAAGUUACUUAGAACAGACAAAUGAGUUAGCCCCAGGUAAUCAAGAGCCUACGCCACUACCUGGUGAUAAUGAACAACAUACUCCGUUCCCAGAUUCAAGAUUUUGUUGGAUAACUAUCCUACUAUUGUCAUCCAUGUAUAUUUUGGCAUUAAGAAUUACUUCAUUUGCACUAGUUUUAGCAUUAGUAGGUGCUACUGGUUCCACAUCAAUAUCAUUUACAUUACCUGGAUUAUUUGGUUAUAAACUCAUUGGAUCUGACUCAUUGGCUGUUGGACAAAUGAUUUCAAAGAGAGAUCAGUUCUAUAAAAGAGCUAGUCUUCUAUUAGCCAUAUUUGGUAUCUGUGUUAUGAUCCUAUCUUUAUAUGUGACAAUAUUCUUUGGUACUGAAAGUUAA